UGCAUCUGAAAGCACCCUUCACUGUUCCUUUCCUGAGUCUGCCAUUUUCAUCACACCUGCAUUCAGGAAAAGAAGCCCUGCUUUCCACCCCACCCCAGCAAACUUCCAGAUCAUGGUGAAAGCAAAAGGAGAUUAAGUCCUACAGGGCCUCCAGUCAUUCAUCCAUUCCAUCAGAGUGGUUGGGCAGCCCCCUUCCCGAAGCUCCUGGAGAAAAGGCCCCGGGUGUCCCCCGGCAUGCCCCAUCUCGUGGCGGGGUGCGCGGCCGCGGGCCUUCGGGAGAAUUUGUGCGACCCCCGGAGGCCCCAGGGACGAGUGGCCGCGGUGGUGCGGCGGUUGUAAGCAAGAUGCGGUGGCGCGUGACCCCGGAAAGCCAGCCCUGAUGCCGGUUCCCCGCCACCCGUGCGCCCUUUUCUCUGACACUUGGCCCCAAGCAGAUGCAUCGCAGGAUGAAUGAAAUGAACCUGAGCCCAGUGGGGAUGGAGCAGCUGACGUCAUCCUCUGUGAGCAAUGCCUUGCCAGUCUCGGGGAGCCACCUGGGCUUGGCUGCUUCACCCACUCACAGUGCCAUCCCAGCCCCCGGGCUGCCAGUGGCAAUUCCAAAUCUGGGUCCCUCCCUGAGCUCCCUGCCUUCUGCUUUGUCUCUCAUGCUCCCGAUGGGCAUUGGGGACCGUGGGGUGAUGUGUGGGCUACCGGAAAGAAACUACACCCUACCUCCACCACCUUACCCCCACCUGGAGAGCAGUUACUUCAGAACCAUUCUACCUGGCAUUUUAUCUUAUUUAGCCGACAGACCGCCUCCUCAGUACAUCCACCCUAACUCCAUCAACGUUGAUGGGAAUACAGCACUGUCUAUCGCCAAUAACCCUUCAGCGCUAGACCCCUAUCAGUCCAGUGGAAAUGUUGGCUUAGAACCGGGCAUUGUUUCAAUAGACUCUCGCUCUGUAAACACACAUGGUGCCCAAACUCUUCAUGCGAGUGAUGGCCAUGAGGUGGCUUUGGACACAACAAUCACAAUGGAGAACGUCUCCAGAGUUACCAGCCCGAUCUCUACAGAUGGCAUGACAGAAGAGCUUACCAUGGACGGUGUUGCAGGCGAGCAUUCCCAAAUCCCAAGUGGCUCCAGAAGUCAUGAACCUCUGUCUGUGGAUUCUGUGAGCAGCAGCCUUGCAGCGGACACUGUGGGACAUGCGGGUGUGAUGCCCAUUCAUGGGAAUGGCCUGGAGCUCCCUGUGGUUAUGGAGACAGACCACAUUGCAAGUCGUGUCAGCGGGAUGUCGGACAGUGCCCUCAGUGACUCCAUCCACACCGUGGCCAUGAGCACCAACUCUGUAAGCGUGGCACUCUCUACCUCACACAACCUCGCCUCCCUAGAGUCUGUUUCCCUCCAUGAAGUUGGCCUAAGCCUAGAACCUGUGGCUGUCUCCUCCAUCACCCAGGAGGUUGCUAUGGGGACAGGUCAUGUAGAUGUAUCUUCAGACAGUCUUUCCUUUGUACCACCUUCACUGCAAAUGGAAGACUCCAAUUCAAACAAGGAAAAUAUGGCAACCUUGUUUACAAUUUGGUGUACACUCUGUGACCGAGCCUAUCCCUCGGACUGCCCAGACCAUGGACCAGUGACUUUUGUUCCUGACACUCCAGUAGAGAGCAGAGCGAGGCUUUCUCUCCCAAAGCAGCUUGUUCUCCGCCAGUCAAUUGUGGGAGCAGAAGUUGGUGUAUGGACUGGAGAAACCAUUCCUGUGCGGACUUGCUUCGGGCCUCUCAUUGGCCAGCAGAGUCACUCCAUGGAGGUGGCAGAAUGGACGGAUAAGGCAGUCAACCAUGUCUGGAAGAUGUACCACAAUGGAGUCCUAGAGUUCUGCAUCGUCACAACCGAUGAGAAUGAAUGCAACUGGAUGAUGUUUGUGCGCAAAGCCAGGAACCGGGAAGAGCAGAACUUGGUGGCAUAUCCUCAUGAUGGCAAAAUCUAUUUCUGCACCUCUCAAGAUAUCCCUCCCGAAAAUGAGCUGCUUUUUUAUUACAGCCGGGAUUAUGCUCAGCAGAUUGGUGUUCCUGAACACCCAGACGUGCACCUCUGUAACUGUGGCAAGGAGUGCAAUUCCUACACAGAAUUCAAGGCCCACCUGACCAGCCACAUCCACAACCAUCUCCCUGGCCAGGGCCACAGCAGCAGCCAUGGGCCGGGCCACAGCAAGGAAAGGAAGUGGAAGUGCUCCAUGUGCCCCCAGGCGUUUAUCUCUCCUUCGAAGCUUCACGUCCACUUUAUGGGGCACAUGGGCAUGAAGCCCCACAAGUGUGACUUCUGUAGCAAGGCUUUCAGUGACCCUAGCAACCUGCGCACCCACCUGAAGAUACACACAGGUCAGAAGAACUACAGGUGCACGUUGUGUGACAAGUCUUUCACCCAGAAGGCGCACCUGGAGUCGCACAUGGUCAUCCACACGGGCGAGAAGAACCUCAAGUGUGAUUACUGCGACAAGCUGUUCAUGCGCAGGCAGGACCUCAAGCAGCACGUGCUCAUCCACACGCAAGAACGCCAGAUCAAGUGUCCCCAGUGUGACAAGCUGUUCUUGAGAACAAAUCACUUAAAGAAACACCUCAACUCGCAUGAAGGGAAGCGGGAUUACGUCUGCGAGAAGUGCACUAAGGCUUAUCUAACCAAAUACCAUCUCACGCGGCACCUGAAGACCUGCAAGGGGCCGGCCUCCAGCUCCCCCGCCCCGGAGGAGGAGGACGAGGACUCGGAGGAGGAGGAGCUGGCGGACUCUCUGGGGACGGGGGACUGUCGGAUCAGCAGUGCCGUGUACCCCGAGUCUCUCUCUGCACGUAAAUAAAAGGCGGAGCCGUGGGCUGUUUCGGAUGGACAAGACUAAAGGGGAAACACAUAACCAGUUAUCCACUACAGUGGUUCUCAUAUAAAGUAGUUUCUGAUUUCCUUCCCGCCAGCUUUCGGGACGGACUGCUGGGCACGGGCAAAGCGCUUGCCGACGCGGCUCUGGUGAAGCGCUUUUCAGACCCUCGGGAAGGGCGCAGGGGUCCUGUGUUUGAAUGAUAAUGCGGGCAGGAAAGUGGCACGUCUUGGGCCCCUCUGUUCAGUGGCCCUGCGGGCAGUGGUGGCUGCCGGAGUCACUGUCCUCCGCCCAGACAGUGAGGUCGCACGCUACACUUGCUUCCCGCUCAGAGUUCGCCUGCUUGCUGCUUGUGAUUCUGGUGUUUGACGUUUUGCGGACCGGUGUGACUGAUGCCCAUCCCAGCGGAUGGGAACACAGCAGUGUGAGCGCGUUCCUUUGAGCUACCGCGUCGGAAGCUUCGCCUGCCUUGAUGUCCCCUGGAGUUUGCGUAGCUGCUCUCCCCACGUUUCAGCAGGUGCCCAGAGGGCAGGUCCGAAGGGAGCGGCCGGGCAGUGGUGGUGCGGAGGGAAGAGGAGACAGGAGCCAAGAGCUAGCUUGGGUGGCGGCCAGGGUGAGUUCCUGGCCACCUGUGACUGGCCCUCGGCGGGCUGGAGGUCCAGACGCGUCUGUCCCCCGUGUCACCUCCAGUCCUGGAAAGGGACCUGGAGGAGCAGUGAGAGGCUGACACCGGUGGGCUCGUCGCCGCGGCCUGCUGUGCUUCACCCAUGGAGGGGCAUCGGGAACGCCCCCACGUUCCCUGUGGAAAUGAGGAGCCACCAUGGAAACGCUGCCGACCCCAGCGCGCGACUCCAGGCUCGUCGCUGCGUCCGGGUGUGGUGACAAGGGGCCCCGAGGUGGGCGCUGCAGGGCGGUGGGCGCGCUCGUCACCACGCAGGGGUGUGCCCCGGCCCAGCGCAGCCGGCUCAUCGCUCGCGGAUCUUCGCCUGCAGCGUGGAGGCACCAGCGUGGGAGGCUGAGGCCGCUGCCCGGCCCCCGCGGAGGAGAGGACCCUGCUGGGGAGGUUCUGCUGCUGCUGUAUUUAUGGGAUGAAUGUAUUUCAUUCAAAUCUGUAUUCCUCUAGGAAGGAUAAAAUAAAAACUUUUUUUA